AUGGGCCGCAGCAAAGGCGAAACGGAACGCUUAAUCAAGCAGUCACAACUCUAUGAAGAUGUGACACGGCGUUUUUUUCUCAGAAGCGGUAUUGCAAAAGGGAUGAAAGUCCUUGAUGUUGGGAGCGGUGCUGGCGAUGUGGCUCUCACGCUCGCCGAAUUUGUUGGUCCCGACGGCACAGUUAUUGGUGUAGAUGUCAAUCCUGAUAUUCUCAAAAUAGCGCAAGCUCGAGCGGAUGCAGCGGGUUUUUCAAACAUUGAAUUCAUUGCGGGUGAUACCCGAACCCUUGGACUUCCGGACGAUUUUGAUGCUGUUGUCGGGCGGCUUGUACUGAUGUAUAUGGCGGACCCAGCGGAAACACUUAGGCAUUUGGCGACACACCUGCGUCCCGGUGGAAUAGUCGCCUUUCAGGAAGUCGAUUUUACGCCUUAUACUGCAGCAGUGCAUCCCGAUACCCCCUUAGCAAACAAAUUAAUUGAAUGGGGACGCACCGUGUUUGAGCGUUCAGGAGCACAUCUUGAGAUGGGUAUGGACCUUUACAAAGCCUUUGUUGAAGCAGGUUUACCCGAACCGACUUUACAUUUUGAGGCACCUAUGGGCGGACCUGAAGAUUGGCCCGGCUACGAAUAUCUUGAGAACAGUUUUCGGAGCCUCGUCCCCCUGCUGGAGGCGUACGGAAUUACCACAGCUGAAGCGUUGGAUGUUGAUACGUUGGCAGAGCGGAUACAGGCGGAAGUCGCUGCAGCGAAACGACCGAUUAUGUUGCCACCGCAUAUCACGGCGUAUGCCACGCUUGCAUCCUGA